AUGGCAGACUUGGAAAAGCUGCUUCUGGAGGCAGCAGGAAGAACCAGUGCGACUGGGAGGAAUCGGCGUUCGCCUCCCCCAUCGAGAAGGCGACAUGAAGGUUCAUAUUCUGAUGAUGGAAGCGACUCUAAGGAAGAUGAAUCAGAUGAUGAUCGUGGUUAUGCAAGCAGGAGGUCAUCAGGGUCUCAAGUUCCUUUGAAAAAGAGGUUAGACCCCACAGAAAGAGAUGAUGAUCAUAGUAGCCGGGAAGAAGGUGAUGAUGAGGAUGGUUACAAUCACGAGGGUGACAGUGAUGAUGAUUCUGUCGGUAGUGAUCUUUACAAGGAUGAAGAUGACAGGCAAAAGCUUGCAAAGAUGUCGGAACUUGACAGAGAAAUGAUACUGGCUGAUCGUGCGACGAAGAAAACUGACAGAGAGUUGCAGCAAAAAAUGAGAAGGCAGAAUGAGAAGAUGGUUCAAUCAAAAAAGGAGAGCUCACCUCGCACAGUUUCUCGUGGAGUGCGCUCCUCAGCCAGAUCUGCUGACAGGGCUGCUGCCAAGGAUGAUGCACUGAAUGAGUUACGAGCGAAACGACUGAGGCAGCAGGAUCCUGAGGCUCGCUGGAAGCAGAGAGAUGCAUCUAGGGGAAGUUCUGGUGGUCGGAGUUUUUCACCAGUAAAGCGGAGAGCCUUUACAGCCGCAACUGCAAGUAGUUCCAGUAGGAGUGAAAGUGGAUCCCACAGUGAUUAUGAAGAAUCAACAGGGUAUGGUGGAAUGGCUGAUAGCGAUGAAGAAAAGACGUCACCUGAUUCUCACGUUCCGACAUUUGAUGAUAUAAAGGAAAUCACCAUUCGGAGAUCAAAAUUGGCUAAAUGGUAUUUGGAACCUUUCUUUGAUGAAUUGAUUGUGGGCUGCUUUGUGAGGGUUGGAAUUGGGAAGUCUAAGACUGGGCCGAUCUACAGGCUCUGCAUGGUUCGGAAUGUUGAUGCCACUGACCCCGAUCGACUGUACAAGCUAGAGAACAAGUACACACACAAGUACUUAAAUGUUGUUUGGGGCAAUGAAAGCUCUGCUGCCAGGUGGCAGAUGGCUAUGAUUUCAGAUUCUCCACCUCUCAAGACGGAGUUUGACCAGUGGGUUAGGGAGGUGGAGCAUAACGGUGGCCGGAUACCGAGCAAACAGGAUGUCUUGGAAAAGAGAGAGGCGAUUCAAAAAACCAACUUAUUUGUCUACUCGGCAGCAACUGUGAAGCAGAUGUUGCAGGAGAAAAAAACCGCAACUCGUAGGCCAUUAAAUGUUGCAGCUGAAAAGGAUCGACUAAGAAGGGAGAUGGAAGUGGCUCAAAUGAAGCAUGAUGAGGCAGAGGUGGAGAAGAUCAAGGCAAGACUGCAGGAACUGGAGGCAUCACGGCAAACCCAGGAGAAAGAUACAAAGGCUAUUAGGCUAGCUGAGAUGAACCGAAAGAACCGGGUUGAGAAUUUCAAAAAUGCAUCAGAAUUGAAACCAGUUAACACAAGUUUGAAAGCUGGUGAGGCUGGAUAUGAUCCCUUCUCUAGGAGAUGGACUAAGUCGAGGAAUUACUAUGUUUCAAAGGCCAAUGGAGGAGAGGAGGAUGCUCCAUCAGCUAGUGGUGAUGCUGCUGCUACAUUGGCGGGCACCAACAGUAAUGGAGCUGGAACAGGGGUAAUGACAGAGGCUGGCAUGGAAGCUACUGCGGUGGCCUUGGAAGCUGCGGCUGGUGCAGGAAAAUUGGUGGAUACAAGUGCUCCUGUGGAUCAAGGAACGGAGUCAAACAUGUUGCAUAAUUUUGAGCUGCCAAUCUCAUUGGCUGCACUUCAGAAGUUUGGUGGUCCCCAAGGAGCCCAGGCAGGAUUCAUGGCAAGGAAGCAGAGGAUUGAAGCAACAGUUGGAUGCCAGGUUCCAGAGAAUGAUGGGAGGAGACAUGCACUGACCCUGACAGUAGGAGACUACAAAAGGCGGAGAGGGCUGCUAUGA